AUGCAACGCAACAUGCCAUUACAAGGCCAAGUUGACAUGCACUUCGUAGUCUGCGGAGAGGGAACAAAGGACGACGACUGGGUCAUGGCCGAAUACACCGCCGUGCCGUACACUAAUCUUCCCCACCCAACGGCUUUCAGGAUUCUCACAGUACCACCGAGCCCGGAGGUGCACCAAAGUCCGAUAGUUCGCAUAUUCCCCAGAGAAGUGCAACUUAUUUCCUAUUACGCAAACGAGUUGUCCCCUGUUCUGUUUGGCACAUUGCGAAAUGCGGAGCCGACGAUAGGGACAGCCCCGCUUCCUCAUUCGCGGGACAAACUUCGCACGAAAGCACCGCAGUUAUCAAUAUCAAGGCAUCACAUUCGCGGCGCAAACCAAAGAGGAACCCGAAUGGAGCACUCAUUUAGUCCGUCUCCACGGUCACGGCCCAAGGCCCGAAAGCACUCUGAUGCGGAAACCUUUCUUGGUCCGAGUGAACUUUUAGAGCCUUCACAGCUGCCGUUGGCCUUCUUAGCACCAGAAUUGAACCGGAGGUCGCGAUUUCAAUCACCCCAGCCAAGGAAUUCCUCGCCUACAGUGUGGCCAACCUCCCUGCUGUUGCCACCAGCACUCAAACCUACAACCUACAAACCCCCCAGUCCGCAAGCUGUGCCCAGAAUAUCAACCCGCUCCAAUGUCUCAUCCACAGUGCGGCAUGCCCCGUCUCUAUCUUCAAGCAAGAAAUAUGCACAUGUGGCAUAUAGUCCUUCCCGUGCCGCAUCUGUAUUGACUGAAAGGGCAUCGCUGAAUUCGCACCUCAACAAAGCACAAGCAGAUGUGCUAGAAGAGGAUAGGGCCGUUGUACAUGAGGCACAAGCAGAUGUGCUAGAAGAGGAUAGGGCCGCUGUACAUGAGGCAAUCUAUGAGCGCAAUGCAAUUUGUCACCGUGAAGGAGCACUAUCUUCUCACAGGCGACGAUCCUCAGCCGCGAUUCUCCAUGGCGCGGAACGACAACCUGUUUCCGCGACCGCUGCCCUUGACAUUCCUUUGCCAGAGGUGCCGAGAAUUGGUAAAACUAGUCUCGAAAAGGUCGUAACGAGGGAUCCCAGCCCCGAAAAGGAAGAAAGGAGAGUCGAAAGUUUCGUUUAUAAAAGUGAAACACAGUCAUGCGAUGACAUAGUAUGGCAACUCGAAGCUGCUGGAUCGAGCGUCCCGGCGCAAACCAGCGGGAGCAGUCUAAACAUAACGUCGAAGAACAUUCUAAUAGGAUGUUCUCGCGGGAAUGAUAGUCCCUACUCCGGAGAAAGACUGAUUUCGUCGACUGAACGAGCGAAGGCUCGGAAUGCGAGCACGUCAAAAAGUGUAUCCGGUUGCCCUAAACAGUCACGAUGUGUGUUCGGAGAGAAACCCCGGCCAAAAGGCAGACAAGUCUCAAAGCAUCAUAAAAGACCACGCCCGGGAAAGCUAUUGUACAAGGAAGAGUUCGAAUCCAAAAACAAGCGUUAUCGUGGUAAUGUUGAUUUAGACGCCUCCCCGGUUUGCGUCCUGCGAAACUCUCAGGACGCGAAGACUUGCGUGACAGGACCGUGUCGAAGUGCUACUGUGAGUCAUGGGCUUCAACAGACUACCGUGCCCGUGGAGCCGGUACGUUUGUCUGGAGAGAGACAGGCGCCUGCCCGGGAUGAAGGCGCCAUGACACCAAUUCAGAAAGAGAGGCCACCAUCCAUUGACGAUUUUCAACCUUGUAUAGCCCAGAUGGUGUCAUUCGUUCAAUGCUACGGUAGCCAAAUCAAAUGUUGUGAUGAUCGGAGAAUGAAGCUGCAACAACUUCUACCUCUCCUGCUCCAACCUGAUUCGUGGCACUCGUACCUACAGUAUCGUUCUGCAGAAGAAAGAAGUCUGAGGGACACUGAUAUGUUCACGGUGCUGACACGGCCGUCGCGGUUUUCCGACAGAAUGACCGGCUUGAUCGGUCAUGGACACGAUGUCAGAAAAAGAGAUACCCUUGAGGAACCACAACAACACUACAAGAACCAGUCUAAAGAUGCUUAUUCCUUCGCGCAAGUAUCAAAGGAUGGCCCUGAGCCAUUUCUAGACGAAGAGGAUGUUAACCCUGUGAAAAUGGCUAACGCGCGAUGUCGUUGAAAAGACUGCAUUCUGACGAGUCCCUUAACGUUGUCCGUAAAGUCGCGAAAACACGUGUUUUGGCCGCGAGUUUGCUCGGCUUUUCUGAUUGCAAACUUUUCAGACAACGAGUUUUGCAAAACUCACAGCAUAGCGAAAACUCGGGACAUGUGAGUUUUCCACGAGUUUUCACAUCCGCCUGAUUACUGUACGGCAGUGCCGGAUCGACCCGUCUUGAAGGAAAACGAAAUGGGGUUUCCGCUCUCUCAUCAGCACAAACGAGUCUUAUACUGCACAGUUCGUACCGGUUGGCGUCAUGGACGCCCCUAUCACUUCAUCUACCCAGGGUCCAUCAACGGAUCGAAGCACCACAAGAUCUGCCACAUACGCUGCUAAAGCAAUCGCAGAAGACAGACAAGUAGAAGCUUCUAAAAAGCGGUCCUCUCUAAACGGCCCCCCUCAGCCCGUCAAGAAGACGAAACACAUCGCCCUUUCGACUGAGAACUAUUCUAUCCUUGUGGCGAGCUACAAUAUUCGCUUCAGCGAGUAUUCGCCCAGGUGCACGUGAUCCGUCGGACGGCACAACGAUGUACCAGACUUGCGUUUGUUGCGGGCAGGUACCUUGCUGGAGGUCAGUCUGCAAAACCCGUCGUGGGAUUUUUCAAACUCGGGUUUACUUUACGUCCGGCGAGUUUGUGGGCAAAUGGAAAAAAAUAACGCGUUGUUCUUGUUUGACUUGACACCAGCGGCGUGGAAUUUUUUUAACAAUAAAGUUGAACGUUUCAACUUAAAA